UGCGCAAACACAUUGCUCACGCUCACAGCUUAAAAAGCUUUUACUGUACUUGGUUCGGAAAAAAAGAAGUACUGGACUGUCCUGGGUUACUUAAAUGCAGCACGGUUGAGUCGUACUGAUAGGCUGCUGCUAUACUUCAACUCUUCGUCGUCCUCUUCAGCACACUCAACCGGACCGCACGGCACCAUGUCAGACAGCCGCUCCGGGCUCGUGUACCUUAUCACCGGGGGCUGCGGCUUCCUGGGCCGUCACCUCCUCCGUGUUCUGCUGGACCAGGAGGAAGACGCCUUGGCGGAGGUUCGAAUUUUCGACAAGCAUACCGAACUUGGACUCAGCGAGCUCGGAACCGGGCGUACCAAGGUGACAGUCAUCCAGGGAGACAUCACGGACUACGACAGCGUGCUGGCGGCGUCCCAGGGCGCCCACGUCGUCAUCCACACCGCCAGCCUGGUGGACGUCUGGCACAAGGUCCCAGAAGCUCUCAUCUACGCCGUCAAUGUCACAGGGACUGAGAAUGUGAUUAAAGCGUGUGUGAACAACAACGUCUGCAGUCUGCUGUACACCAGCAGCAUGGAAGUGAUCGGGCCCAACAUGAACAGGGAGCCCUUUGUCAGGGGUAAUGAAGACACACCCUACGAAGUGAAGCACACCAUGGCCUACCCCAAGAGCAAGGCCAAGGCCGAAAAGAUUGUCCUGGAAGCCAAUGGAACAAAGGUGCGGAAUGGUGAGCGUUUGCGCACGUGCUCUUUGAGGCCGACCGGCAUUUACGGCGAGGGCCACGAGCUCAUCAAAGACUUUUACAAGUUGGCAGUCAAAAGGGGAGGCCUGAUCAUUGGCGGCGUCCCCGACAGCACUGAACACGGGCGAGUCUACGUCGGCAAUGUGGCGUGGAUGCACGCGCUGGCCGCCCGGGCCCUGCGGGAGCAUCCGGAAACUGUGGGCGGCGAGGCCUUCUUCUGCUAUGACGACUCGCCCUACAAGAGCUACGAGGACUUCAACAUGCUCUUCCUGUCCACCUUCAAGUUCCGGCGCGUGCGCAUGCCGAUGCUGCUGCUGUGGUUCCUGGCCAUGCUCAACGACAUGCUACGCUGGAUCUUGACACCCUUCUGCAACUUUGCGCCCCUCUUGAACAGCUACACCCUGGCCGUGGCCAUCACGUCCUUCACCGUGAGCACGGACAAAGCGCUGCGCCACUUCCAGUACCGCCCUCUGUACAACUGGGACCAGUGUCGGGAGCGCACUCAGAGAUGGGUGAACACCUUCCCUCUGGAGGACCCGAAAAAUACCUAAUGGGGCUGUUGCAUCCUCACUCCCGUACUGCGACAUACAUGCACAUUCUUUUGUUGUUGACCACAUGAUGUCACAAAAUAUUAUAUUUUGAAAUAAUUCUGGCUUUAAUUCCGUUAUUAUUUAAAACAGGGGUGGGGACCCUGCGGUAUUCCCCGCCAGAGUUAUCUGAAAAACAAAUAAAACCGUAGAUCAACUGUGAAGAAAAAAAAGGAGCGGCACUCCUGAUUUCUAGCACAUUUCCAUCACUGAACUUUAGUAUUAUUAUUUCGCUAGUAUUACUGACCAAAUGAAGAAGCUGAUACUUUUGAGAGGACCAUGACCCUUAGUACUUUCAAGAACAGCCCCAAGAACCUCUAUGGGCGGGGUCGGCAGCCGUGAAGAUAAAAGUAGCAAAAAACUAAAUGUUCUGGCUUCUAGGGACUUUAGGUGGAAAUGCAGCUUUGAUUUAUCCAAUCGAUGCAUCCUUGGUCCGAGUUUGCUGACAUCCAUGUAGUCCGUGGAUUCUUUGUUCAUUCAUACUUUCAACUUGAACAGUCGGGGGAGUGAGUGAUGACGUUUCACGAGAUCACAAGGACGUAAGAAGGG